GACGUGUGGGUUCGCUGCUUCCUCAUUGCUCCUAAACAGCCUCAGCAGCCGAGCUGACUUCAAAUAAAAUGCCUUCCAGUAAACACAGCAAACAGCGGCCGAAGACGCGGAUUAACAACCAGAACCACCACUUUGAAAUGAGAGAGGUGCCAAUCUACGACAACGCCGAUCAAAUCAGGAAUCAUCUGAGCAGCACUCAGCCAAAACCAGGAGGCCCAGAGAGCCAGACCCGUCCAGGCGCCAGAACCUGGUUCAGAUCCGCGGCUCUGUGUCUGGGAGUGCUGUGUGUCCUGCUGGUGGCCGGCAUCGUGGUCCUGUCCACCCUGUAUAUUUCUGUGCAGUCAGACAGAGGUCCAGUCGGUACCACAGACAAGCAGCUGCAGGGCACAUCCUGCCCCAACCACACUCACAACCAUGAUCUGAUCAAAGACCUGAAAGCAAAGUACCAUCAGCUCCAGGAGGAAGUAAAUAAACUGAACGUCAGCACUAAAGUCUGUAGCGACGGAUGGAGGAGGUUUGGAUGCAGCUGCUACUUCACGUCCUCUGAGGCUAAGACGUGGUCUGAAGGCAGGAGAGAGUGUACGGAAGGGAAAGGAUCAGACCUGGUGGUGAUCAACAGCAGAGAGGAGCAGGACUUUGUCUCUGGGCUGAUGGAACAUGACGAGUUCUGGAUCGGACUGAGGACGACUGGGAACAAACCCGUCUUCAAAUGGGAGUGGGUGGAUGAGUCACCGCUGACAGAAACGUUCUGGGCGGGUCUGUCCGUCCCACCCACAGAACUCUCCGUGGCAGCCUACUCUGACCGACAGGGGAAGCUCACGCAGAGUAAAUAUGAUGGUGGUGGUGCUAAACGGUUCAUCUGUGAGAAGUAGCUCUGUUCAGUGUCACUGCUUCACGUGUUCCUCAAAAGAAUCUUUGUGGAUUCGAGGACAAUGAGCUUCAGCUCCAUGUGUAACAGAAUAAACUACAUUGUCUCAUUUGC